CCGUCUGCCUGCCUCCGACCGCGGUCUCGGAGCGAAACCCGAUCUCCUUGGACUUGAAUGAGGAGGAGGCGGCGGCGGCGGCGGCGGCGGAGGCGCUCGGCUGGGGAAAGCUAGCGGCGGAGGCUCAGCCCCGGCGGCCGCGCGCGCCCGGCUGCCAGCCCAUUCUCCGGACGCCACCCGAGAACACUGCCGACGCCCCCGGGGCUGCCGAGGGGCGGCCAGGGGGGGCGCCGAGGAGCGCGAUCCCGCGCACUGAGCCCCGCGGCGCCCCGGGAACUUGGCGGCGACCCGAUCCCGGCGAGCCGGGGCGCGCCUCCCCCGCCGCGCGCCUCCUGCAUGCGGGGCCCCAGCUCCGGGCGCCGGCCGGAGCCACCCCCGGCCGCCCCCGCGCCCCCCGCGCCCCGCGCCGCGCCGCCGCGCCGUCCAUGCACCGCUUGAUGGGGGUCAACAGCACCGCCGCCGCCGCCGCCGGGCAACCCAAUGUCUCCUGCACGUGCAACUGCAAACGCUCUUUGUUCCAGAGCAUGGAGAUCACGGAGCUGGAGUUCGUUCAGAUUAUCAUCAUCGUGGUGGUGAUGAUGGUGAUGGUGGUGGUGAUCACGUGCCUGCUGAGCCACUACAAGCUGUCUGCACGGUCCUUCAUCAGCCGGCACAGCCAGGGGCGGAGGAGAGAAGACGCCCUGUCCUCAGAAGGAUGCCUGUGGCCCUCGGAGAGCACAGUGUCGGGCAACGGAAUCACAGAGCCGCAGGUGUAUGCCCCACCUCGGCCCACCGACCGCCUGGCCGUGCCACCCUUCGCCCAGCGGGACCGCUUCCACCGCUUCCAGCCCACCUACCCGUACCUGCAGCACGAGAUCGACCUGCCCCCCACCAUCUCGCUGUCAGAUGGGGAGGAGCCCCCGCCCUACCAGGGCCCCUGCACCCUCCAGCUCCGGGACCCCGAGCAGCAGCUGGAACUGAACCGCGAGUCGGUGCGCGCACCCCCAAACAGAACCAUCUUCGACAGUGACCUGAUGGAUAGUGCCAGGCUAGGCGGCCCCUGCCCCCCCAGCAGUAACUCGGGCAUCAGCGCCACAUGCUACGGCAGUGGCGGGCGCAUGGAGGGGCCGCCGCCCACCUACAGCGAGGUCAUCGGCCACUACCCGGGGUCCUCCUUCCAGCACCAGCAGAGCAGCGGGCCGCCCUCCUUGCUGGAGGGGACCCGGCUCCACCACACACACAUCGCACCUCUAGAGAGCGCGGCCGUCUGGAGCAAAGAGAAGGAUAAACAGAAAGGACACCCGCUCUAGGGUCCCCGGGGGGCCGGGCUGGGGCUGCGCAGGCGGAAAGGCAGAACACUCCGCACUUCUUAGAAGAGGAGUGAGGAAGGCGGGAGGCGCAGAAAAGCGUCGUGUGGCCUCCCCUCCCACCUCCCUGUGUAUAAAUAUUUACAUGUGAUGUCUGGUCUGAAUGCACAAGCUAGGAGAGCUUGCAAAAACACACACACAAACAAAACAAAACAAAACAAAACAAAACCCCACGUGUCUUUGUUGAGCUGUGUCUUGAAGGCAGAAGAGAAAACACAUUUCUACAAUAGUCUUUCUUGUUUCUAGUUGAGCUGCGUGCGUGAAUGCUUAUUUUCUUUUGUUUAUGAUAAUUUCACUUAACUUUAAAGACAUAUUUGCACAAAACCUUUGUUUAAAGAUCUGCAAUAUUAUAUAUAUAAAUAUAUAUAAGAUAAGAGAAACUGUAUGUGCGAGCGCAGGAGUAUUUUUGUAUUAGAAGAGGCCUAUUAAAAAAAAAGUUGUUUUCUGAACUAGAAGAGGAAAAAAAUGGCAGUUUUUGAGUGCCAACCCGGAAGUGUGUAUGACCUUGUAGAGAAAAAAUUACAAAGCAGGGGUUUAGAGUUAUUUAUAUAAAUGUUGAGAUUUUGCACUAUUUUUUAAUAUAAAUAUGUCAGUGCUUGCUUGAUGGAAACUUCUCUUGUGUCUGUUGAGACUUUAAGGGAGAAAUGUCAGAAUUUCAGAGUCGCCCUGAGGAACCUGCAGACAGGCCUCGGCUGGAAGUGGCCGGCUUUCCUGAGGGGCCGCCACCCCUGCAGAGUGGCUGCUUCUGCCUAGUGACAGGUUAUCACCACGUGAUACAUUCCCCACCGAAGGAGACACAUUGCCCCGCCUCUGGGCCAGAACAGCCUUUAAAUCACAAACAAAAUAGGAAAGUUAACCACGGAGGCAUCAAGUUCCAGGUGGUGCUCUUGCCUUUCCCAAAAAUGAAAAUAAACUGCUACCGAAGGAAUCAGUUUUUCCUCUUCUUUUUUUCAACCGUGAAGGUCCCCACGAGGGGGAACAAGGUGCCCCUCCUCGAAAGCCACCGUGGCUGGCGCACAGGCUGCCAGGGACACGCCAGAGGGUCCGACGGCUUACCUGUGCAGGGCGCUUUGGUGGUGGCUCAGCCCGCUCAAGGAUCUCCGGUGAAGGCAGGUGCGCUCUCUGCCACACUGGCACCUAGGAAGGCCGAGGGUAUUCGCAGUCUGACCUCGUCCUGUCUGUUCCCCUUCACGGAUCAAUUGUCACUUGAGAGGCCAAAAAGCAGACCACCCAACAUGAAAAGGUGACAAGCCCAGGUUUCUCCCAGGACAGGCGAAAGGGUUACCACUAGGAAAACAGUCACGCCAGCGCCAACCCGAGCUUCGCCUGCGGUAUCCUCCACCUUCUCUGUUCCCACCUUUCCAUCCCCUUCCCCGCGGAAACAGUGCUCACUCCUGGUGUGUCUGUUGAUCUGUGUGUCCACUCACAUCUCUGUUGGACUCUAUUCUUGUUCUCCAGGUUUUCACCAAAUAGACGUAGGGUUGGCAGGACCUGCUGGUGACGUGCAGGUGAAGAGCGUGAAGGGACACGCGAGUGUAAAUAGAGGUGACCGGGGAAAGGCACGAGGGGUGGGCCCUUGGGACCCACCGUGGCCAGUGGCUGGAGCUCGCCACGUUUCCUCCUGGAGGGGGUAGGAAUGGGAGGGCACCCGGCUGGAAGAGCAGACUCCCAGCUGCCACCCCCUCGCCAUGGGAGUGACGUUCCAUUUUGGGCAGAAUGCCGACUAGUAGACUAACAUAAAAGAAAGAUAUAAGAGGCGAUAUUGUUUGUGAGCAACUUUUUUAUAACUUCCAGAACAGACACCUGAGCACGGUUUGGAAGUUCUGGCCACUUGAGCUCCAUGCAUGUGCACGCGUGUGCCUUAAGAGCUGGCAGCGGACAGACGUGGGCUCUGUGUGCCGCCAGCCUAAUAGAAAGUUCUCGUUCAUUGGCAAUGGCAGAACCUGCCUCUCAGUGGAAUCAUCAGCCUAAAAUUUGUUUCGCUCUUGAAGAGGAUUCUUUGAAAAGGUCCUGUAGAGAAAUCAAUAGAGGUUGUCCUGAGAGGUACAAGGACACGCUUGUAAAGAUGAUUGAAACGUAUCUUUCCUUUAUGUGACGCGUCUCUAGUGCCUUACUGAGGAAGCAGUGACACUCCUGUCACAGGGUGGGGAUGUUCCCGGACAGUGCCUCACUCACCUGGGACUGGCCUCUUCUCCCAGGGUCCACUAAGGGCUCCUGCUGCUUUUCAGACACCCCACCGUCCUCUUGUGUGCUCACCCUCUCUCCACUGGGGAGGUGCCCAGCUUGGUGAGGUGACCCCUCCUGCUCCUCCAGCCUUUUUUGCCAGGGUCUGUGCACAACUCCCGCCUAGGCGGAAAACCUAGGAGUGGACCGUGUUUGUGUGCGUGGCGUCAGCCCGAAGCCAGGCUGAGGCAGUCCCCAUGUCCUCUUGAGCCAAACUGUUUGGGUCUUGUUGCUUGAUGGUACAGUCUGGAUUUGUGGGAUUGGCUUUGCAUGAAAAAAGGGAGGAGAGUGGCUGCUGACCUCAGCCGGCUUGAGGACAGAGCGCGUCUCUCAUGACAACCCAGUGCUGAAGUCCAGUGUCCCCAGCUCCGUGCCCAGUGAAUGGCAGAAGUGCGUGGGGCAGUGGCCUCAAAGGCAGGGCACAUCCCAAGACAGCCAGCAGGUUUUCUCUGGAAAUGACCAGAGCUAAACUCUCAGCUUCUCUGCUGGGGGUGCACCCUUUCCUCUAGAUGUUGCUUGUCACAUUAUCUUUGAGAACUCUGGGACUGCCCCGGAGGAGGCCCUCUUUUCCAGUGGGAAGUUGGAUGGGGUUCUCGGAAGUGGCUGGUUGGAAAGGGGCCAGCUUGGUUUCAGGGGUCUGCCGCUCCAUCCUGGGUUCAGAGAAGCCUGAGCGUGGCUUUCUCUAGUCCUGUCACUCUCUCCCUGCUUGUCAAUCACCACCUUUCCUCCAGAGGAGGAAAAUUAUCUCCCCUGCAAAGCCUGAGUCUACACAGACGGAUUUCAUUAAUUGUGCUAAGAACCAUCCGUGUUCUCAAAAAGCCCAGUGUUUUUGCAAAGAAUGAAAAGGGACCCCACAUGUAGCAAAAAUCAGGGCUGGAGGAGAACCGAUUCAUUCCCUGUUCUCAUCGGUCGUCCCUGAGAAUUGUACAUUUCAGAGAAAUUGUUUUUCUAUGUGCAACAUGAAGCUUCCAGAACCAUGAAACAGCCCGUGACAAGGGAAGAAAAUGUUGUUGUUGUUGUUGUUGUUGUUGUUGUUGUUUCUGGAAACUGCUUGAAAUCUUGCUGUACUAUAGAGCUCAGAGGACACAGCCCGUCCUCCCCUGCCUGCCUCAUGCCAUGACUGUUGUGCUGAUUCCGAUGCUUUCACGUUGCGUUCUUGGCGUGGGAACUGCUCUCCUUCGCAGCCCCAUUUCCCAAGCUCUGUUCAAGUUAAACUUAUGUAAGCUCUCCGUGGCGCUCGGGGAGUGCACCCACGUCCCUGCUGCGUAAGACUCUGUAUCUGGAUGCCAAUUCGCAGGCCUGAAGAAACUGCUUGUUGUGUAUCAGUAAUCAUUAGUGGCAAUGAUGACAUUCUGAAAAGCUGCAAUACUUAUACAAUAAAUUUUACAAUUCUUUGGAA